UCUCUCUCCCUCCUUAUAAGUAAUAAAAAUAAAAUAAAAAUAAGUAAAUAAAUGAACAUUGCUGAUUUCAUAUGAUGAUAAUAAAGCAGUGAAUGAUGAUUCUUCCUUCAUUGUCCUCUCUAUCCUUCUUCUACAUCUUCUUCUCUUACUCUUUCUGCAAUAACAACAGCAUCACCAAUCCCUUCAAGCCGGCCAAAACCCCAUUAGCCAAACGUUAAUUUUUUUUCUCUUCAACACUCUCUUUUAGAUAAUCACAUAUUCAAUUUCAUUGCCCAGCAUAAAAAAAUAAGAAAAUUUAUAAAAAAAAUGAUCUUUUUGUGAAUUUCGACCCGAUUGGUCACCGACGGGUUUCGAUCUUCUCCGUGCCAAAGUUGCAAUCUUUUGGACUUUUGGCGAGGUGGGUCGAUCCGAUUUCGUUCAAUAAUUGUGGGUUUGAUCUGGAAAAGGAAAAGAGGAGGAAUUGGGUUAUUUCCGAUUCAAGAUUUUGUGUCCUUUUUUGAAAUGGUCUAUUUCCAUAGCUCGAUCUCUAUCUGCAAGUCCGUUGAUCAAUCAUCUUCCAUGGCGAAUUCAAUUUGUUCUGCGGAUUUUGGUUCGAAAUCAAGGCAAAUCAAUCAUCUUCAGAAGAAUCGGAGAACCCCCAAUUCAUCAUCGUCAGCAUCAUCGAAUUCCCUUCAGAUUCCUCCCUGCGAUCGAUCUCGAUCGGCCAUGGUUGAUGUUGUGAUGUUCAUUGCUGUUGUCUGUGCCUGUGGCUUUUUGUUCUUUCCUUACUUGGAAUUUUUGGUGACUAAGUGCUAUGACGGGGUUAAGGUUGUCGUGUUUUUGGUUAAGGAAGAGGUUUCGGUUGCACCUUGGAUCUAUGUUUCCAUAGGUUUGAGUGUUGUGUGCGCUGCAUUGGCCACGUGGGGUGUGGUGGCUUGCACCAGUAGGAGGUGUGGGAAUCCCAAUUGCAAGGGUCUGAGGAAGGCUGCUGAGUUUGACAUUCAGUUGGAGACUGAAGAUUGUGUGAAGAAUUCUGCUUCUUCCUCCGUGAAUUCUGCAAAAGAGAGUGGUGGCAGUGGUGGUGUGAAGAAGGGUCUCUUUGAAUUGCCCCGUGAUCAUCAUAGGGAGCUGGAGGCUGAGCUCAAGAAGAUGGCACCGCCUAAUGGAAGGGCUGUGCUUGUGCUACGAGCAAGGUGUGGAUGUUCUGUCGGAAGGUUAGAGGUGCCAGGACCUAGGAAGCAUCAUCGAAAGAUCAAGAAGUAGCAGCAGCUGCAUCAAUCCUGUUCCAGUAGGAACAGGAGAGGAGAGGACACCCUUUUGAUUUAUUGGAAGGAAGGAAGGAAAGGGAUAAGUGGAUCAACCAGAGAAUGUGUACUUGUUGUCCUUGUGUUCAUUGAUCUUGUAGGAAUUUAGGAUGUCUUUAAAUAAGCCCCUUGGCAAUAAGUUGUAAGGAACUAUGGGUCAUACACAAUUAGUUGGUUAUACCUGGAAAUACAAAAAAACAUUUUUAUUUUAAUUUA